ACACAUUUAAACCCAAUUUCCAAAGUAUAACACAUUAUAGUGAGGGGAGGGUGGAAAGAGUGUGGAAAUGGCGACGAGGAGCAAUGCAGAGGGUGAGGGUGAUGGUGGGAAGAGUAACAAUAUCGUAUGGGACGAAGCUUUGCAGAGGUUCGAGAUAGAGGACAAGGAGGCGUUUUUGGAGUACGUGUUGAGAGAGAAGGGGAAGGUCAUGGAUUUGGUCCACACCUUUGUGCCCCCUUCCAAGAGAGGUUUUGGCUUGGCCUCCCACCUUUGCGUCGCUGCCUUUCAACAUGCCCAAUCGCACUCCUUAAUCGUCAUCCCGACCUGUUCCUAUGUCUCUGACACAUUUCUUCCCCGGAACCCAUCUUGGAAUUCUAUUGUGUACUCAAAAGGAGGCAAAUCUAGUAUCUGAAACUGCCAAGCUCCUAGUCCAGGUUCUUCUGAGGAACCGUUUGUAUGAUAAUUAUUAUCUGCUAAACUAUUCUUGAUUGGCUCUGUCGUUAAUAAUAGCAACACUUUUUUUGCUUGUAAUAAAUAACCUCCCUUUUUUAUAAAAAAAAACUUGUGAUUA